UCUGAGAGAGAGAGAGAGAGAGAGAGAGAGAUAUGAAGUACGUAUUGGUGACGGGAGGAGUGGUAAGUGGACUGGGGAAAGGGGUGACAGCGAGCAGCAUUGGAGUCCUCCUCAAGGCAUGCGGGCUCCGGGUGACGGCGAUAAAAAUCGAUCCUUAUCUGAACACUGAUGCCGGGACGUUGGCUCCAUUUGAGCACGGGGAAGUAUUUGUCUUAGAUGAUGGUGGUGAGGUGAACUUGGAUCUUGGAAAUUAUGAAAGAUUUCUUGAUAUCAAAUUAACUCGGGACAACAACAUCACAACUGGAAAGAUCUAUCAGUUUGUCAUUAACAAGGAGAGGAAGGGAGACUAUCUGGGGAAGACAGUCCAAGUUGUGCCGCACAUUACAAAUGCCAUACAAGAGUGGAUUGAACGUGUAGCUAAGAUACCUGUGGAUGGUAAUGAAGGACCUGCUGAUGUUUGUAUUAUAGAAUUGGGUGGAACUAUAGGAGCCACGAUCUUUUCAGGGCAUAACGACAGUGGCAUUCUUGAUGCAGGGGACAUAGAGUCUAUGCCAUUUAUAGAAGCUUUGGGUCAGUUCUCUUACCGUGUAGGUCCUGGGAACUUCUGUCUGGUUCAUGUCAGUCUUGUUCCUGUUUUAGAUGCAGUUGGCGAGCAGAAAACUAAGCCCACACAACAUAGUGUUCGGAGCCUAAGAGGACUUGGGUUGAUGCCAAAUAUUCUAGCCUGCCGAAGCACUAAGCCACUGGACGAAAAUAUAAAAGAGAAACUUUCACAAUUUUGCCAUAUCCCGGUAGCAAAUAUUAUUACUCUGAACGAUGUUACAAAUAUUUGGCACAUUCCUUUACUGUUGAGGGAGCAAAAGGCACAUGAAGCUUUUAUAAAGCUAUUGAAGCUUCAAGGGAUCGCUAAAGAACCUAUGUUGGAAGAAUGGACGAUUAUAGCUAGAAUUUAUGACAUCUCGCAUGAUCCCGUCAGAAUUGCCAUGGUUGGAAAAUAUACCGGCCUUUCUGAUUCUUAUAUCUCAGUGUUGAAGGCUCUUUCGCAUGCUUCUAUUGCUUGUCAUAAGAAACUUGUGGUGGAUUGGGUCCCAUCUUCUGACCUUGAAGACAGCACCAAAGCAGAAGCUCCUGAUCUUUACAGAGCAGCAUGGAGACGGUUGAGGGGUGCAGAUGGUAUACUAGUCCCAGGAGGCUUUGGAGAUAGAGGGGUGGAAGGAAAGAUUCUUGCUGUUAAAUAUGCCCGUGAAAACAACGUUCCAUUUCUUGGCAUUUGUCUUGGCAUGCAAAUAUCUGUCAUCGAAUUUGCCCGUUCUGUUAUGAACUUGGAGGAUGCAAACAGCACGGAGUUUGACCCUGAUACAACAAAUCCAUGUGUUGUUUUUAUGCCAGAGGGUUGCAAAACUCACCUGGGAGGUAUGAUGCGACUUGGAUCAAGGAGGACCUAUUUUGAGGUUGCUGACAGUAAAGCUGCAAAGUUGUAUGGCAAUGUCAGCUUUGUGGAUGAACGACAUCGGCAUCGAUAUGAGGUGAAUCCCUCCAUGAUUACAGAAUUUGAAAAGGCUGGUCUUGCUUUUGUUGGUAAAGACGAAACCAAAAGACGUAUGGAGAUUGUUGAGUUGCAUACUCAUCCUUAUUUCAUUGGUGUGCAAUUUCAUCCGGAGUUCAAGUCAAGACCUGGAAAACCCUCUGCCCUUUUCUCAGGACUUGUAGGAGCUGCUUGUGGACAACUCGAACUUUUGCUGCAAAAUCCCAGCCACUGCGGCACCUUAACAAGGAGACUUACAACAAGCAAUGGCUUCUCACCCACGCAAUCCCAUCAGAACGGGAAUUCAAAGGACUUACAACAAGCAAUGGCUUCUCACCCACUCAAUCCCACCAGAACGGGAAUGGGAAUUCGAAGAAGCCCGCUACGAGGCUGUCAUACAGGAACAUCUGCUCCAAUGGCAAUGGAAUGCAUGUCUGACGAGUAAGUUACCUCACCAGGGUUUCUGACCGCGUAAGCUGCAUGAAUGGUGCUCGAUCCUGGGUUUUUAGCAGGGGAACACUAUGCAUUUCGGUCUGCUAGAAGUCCAAGUCCUUUAUAUAUAGGUUGGGAAGUGUUUUGAAUUUGUUCAAGAAGCUUUGGUUUCUCUCUGUACAUGGAGAAUGUCUUUGUAACAAUCUCAAGCCUGCGCAAGCCUUCCAGAGGCAUCGAUGUGUGUACAUACACACAUACAUACAUAGUUGUGUUUUGUUGACUGCUUAAGAUCAAUUGUGACUAGCAAUUGUAUCUAUUACUCUUUCUGCUAGCAUUUAUCUUCAGAACUGCAGUCUCAAAGUUUGUAAGUGCAUUACCUGAGGAGUCCUUAAUUACUUCUCCAUAGAGUGGACUAAAUCUAAUUCAUGUUUACAUCAA